AUGGCACCAAGAUCGAGUUUGAGACAUUUGGACAGGAGACUUGACACUCGGCUCGGUGAGUGGGCGGUCGGCUGGCCAGCUGGGUGGGGUGUGAUGGCACCGGACAUGGUUCGGGGGACCAGGACUUGUGGGGGCGAGAUUAGCCUGGAUGACCCCUGUCCUUUGUGCAUCCACACGAGCGUCGUGGGCUUUUCAGGACAAGCGGGAACUCUUGAGAUCAAAUUCCGAAGCACACUCCAAUACGGUGGGUCGGCUGUACGUGCCCAUCGGCCCCUACAGCCUCCUUACUUCGCUCCGAUUCCGUCCAUGUUUGCCAACCAUGCUAUUCACCUGCUUGCCGGUUCAUACCUUUGUCUUCAUUGCGGAGUCGUAUCCUUUUACAGGUUGGCUUGUUUGUCAAUCGAAGUCUCCCACCACUUAUUAAGGGAUCACCUGUUCAGUCACCCGAUUUCGCAAAUGAGACUGGUUUCAAAAAUAGCGUGGAAAUCACUCGACGUUAGAUGGAUUACAUGGAUCUCACACCCUUUAUACAUACAUACAUAUAUACAUCUAUGCAUACAUACAUACAUACAUUCAUACAUUCAUACUUACAGGCAUACAUACAUGCAUACAUACAUUCAUACAUACAUGCAUACAUACAUGCAUAAAUACAUACAUAAAAGUCGGACGAAGAAGACAUGA